AUGAAAACUCCGACGGGUGUGCGUAUGCGAAUGGCGCUCAGUCACCGGCGCAACCUCCACUAUGCGUUGCUAGCUGCGUUUGGCGCCCUUCUGCUGGUUGUGUUCCUGCUCACAAGGACGCCUGCGCCCUAUAAGUACGACAAGCUAUCUGACGAGGAGGAUAAGCGCUUUAAUACAAAGGUCAUCAUGGAUCAGUGGCAGGGCAAAUGUCAGAUCAAGAACUUUGAACAGCUGCGCCGUAUGUCCAUCGUCUACACAUGGGUCAAUGGCAGCCAGCCUUGUUAUCGCCAGAUUCGCGAGAAGGCUGGUGGCAAAAAGGCGGUGGGUGGAUCUCGUGACCGAGAGAUCGGCGAGCUUAAGUAUUCAAUUCGUUCAUUAGAAAAGUACGUGACAUGGCACACGGGCCAGAUCUACAUUGUGACUCCUGGUCACAUUCCGGAAUGGCUUGACAUGAACAAUCCACGCAUUAAGGUUAUCAACCAGGACAAUCUUUUUCCAGACUAUGCCAAGGAGUUCCUGCCUACAUUUAAUACGCACGUCAUUGAGCAGUUUUUGUACUUAAUUCCAGGCCUUUCCGACAUCUUCAUGCAGAUAAAUGACGAUUACAUGUUUACUAAGCCGAUCGCUCCUCACGAGUUCUUCACCUGUGAUGGUGGUAUCCGGCUGUUGCAUGAAGGUGGAAAGAUUUCUCACACGCCGCCACCUAAGAAGAAAGGAAUAUGGAUUUCUUCAGUAUUAAACACGCAACAGGAAAUGGAUUUACGGUGGGGCAAAAAAGAUCGCCACUUCAUUAAACAUGCGCCGUUUGUUUACUCACGUCGCGCAUUUGAGCGAGUUCACCAAAUAUUUGACCGCCCUCUGUACAUGACGCUCAAAAGCAAAUUUCGUAGUAAGCCAGAUAUGAACAACCCGCUGCUUCAUCAUUAUUAUAUGCUAGCCCAGGGAAGCGAAGAGCUUGGGAUUCCCGUUUAUUCCCCGCCCGAAGACGAAAUGUCCGGAUACAAGCUUAUUUUGAUGAAGAACGAUAACAUUGACAAGCUGAAGCAGAUAUUCGGCCAAAUUCUUGACGGCUCCUCACCUUAUAGCAUUAUCGCACUGAACGAUGAGUAUUCGGACAUGCGUGUGGCUGACACGGCGCGCGAGUUUCUCUCCAAAUUCCUGCCUGAGCCAAGCAAGUUUGAGCGCAAACCUGAUUCCAAGGCCAGCCCGCUUACCGUGCGCAAACCUGACACUUGCGAGGUUGAUCCAAUGAUUUUGCCGUCUCUUCCGCGGCGAGUAGAGGAUGCACCUAAAUAUCAGGUGAUUGCGUACCGAGAAGUUCGUUGGGUGGCAUUUACCAAUUCUCUUUUGCGUGGUUUUGGUUUUGGCCUGGGCGCAAUUAUUAUGUACAUCGUGUACUUGGUGACGUUGCGCCGCAAGAAAGCGUUAAUGGGCUGUGAUGGGGCCUACGAUAAGGUAUGA